AUGAAAGGAAAAAUCAAACCACCACCGGCCGCCGUGUCAGGAUAUAGAAGGGUAAUAGGACUAGAUGGUAGUUUCUUGAAGGGGCAGGUUAAGGGGGAGAUUUUAACUGCUAUUGGGGGGGAUGCAGACAACCAUGUAUACCCAAUAGCAUGUGCAGUUGUGAAUGUUGAGAAUAAGGACAACUGGACCUGGUUCAUUGAUAAUUUGGUUGCUGAUUUGGAUCUUGGUGCUGGCAAUGGAUUGGUUGUUAUCUCAGACCAACACAAGGGACUUUUACAGGCUGUGGCAGACCUAUUCCCUAAUGUUGAGCACAUACAAUGUGCUAGACACAUCUUUGCAAACUUUAGAAAGAAAUUCACAGGAUUAGAGCUAAAGACAAGGAAACUUGAAACUUGGUGCAGAGCCUUCUUUUCUCAUGGGUAUGCUUGUGAAGCAGUAGAGAAUGGGGUUGCAGAAUGCUUCAAUGCCAUGAUCAAACAAAUAAGGAAGAAGCCUAUAAUCACAAUGCUUGAGGAAAUAAGGAUUCUCUUUAUGAAAAGGUUUUUUCAUCAAGGUCAAGAGGCCACCAAAUGGAGGGGUAAUUAUGGGCCUAACAUACAACUGAAGCUUAAUGAAUUUGGGAAAGAUAUGAGGUUGUGGAGAAUGGUGCCAAGUGGUGGUGAUGUGUUUGAGACUAGGUAUGGCUACAAUGGAUACAAGGUUGAUUUAGCUAAUCACACUUGCACCUGCAACUUGUGGAUGUUGUCGGGCAUACCAUGUGUGCAUAGUCAAGCUGCAAUCAACUAUGUACACAAAGAUCCAAGUGAAUUCAUUUCUUCUUAG